UGCCCUAGCACCAAUGCGGCUCCUAAAGGCGCUUGUCCUUCCUGCAUUCUUGCCCUAGCCCAGGAGGCGCCGGGAGCGCGAGCGCGAGCCAGCGCCAGCGCCAGCAUCAGGGCGGGAGGGUAUCGAUUGCAGCAGCUCCAGGGCGCCUGGAAUCUCUCAGGGUUUUGGCAGCAGUGAGCUGCGAAUCGCUUCGCGCGCUAGCUAUCGGUCUGCAUUCUCGGUUUGUGGGAGUGGAGGGAGGGGUAGAUUUCGAUUUCCUUGGGAUGGAAGCAGGAGGGUAGGAUGGUUCUUCCAGCUUAGAUUAGGAUAAACUGGAUUUGAUCUUAUGACGCUCGCUACAUUCUCCGGCCAGUACCCAAGUGGUGCUGCCCAAGAGUGCUGCAAACUCAUGGUCUGCAGGCAUAGGGACUGGAGUGUGAAUGAAGCAGGCUGAGGGGUCUGGGCAAUGGGAGACUCCAUUGAAGCAGGAGAUCAGCACAGCCUGAUCGUGUUGUGUGCCGUCUGUGGCACGCUCUUCUCGGUGCUCAGUGCCUUGUCCGUUGGUAUCUUGUUUGGAGUGAACUGGAGACCUUGGCGAAUUUACAGCUGGGUAUUUGCUCGAAAAUGGCCUUCUUGCUGCCAAGGAUCAUACCUGAGCAUUGCCGCAGCAUUACUGGCAUUAACAGCAUGGCUCAUUGUCCUGUCACCUGUGGCGGUUCUGGUGACUUGGGGUGUGAAGCUGAUUAUAUUGCUGGAUCGGGAUACGAUCGGUCUGGCUGUUAUUCUGCCAGGGACUGCGCUUUUGUUGGCGUUUUAUGCGAUCAUGCUUUGGUGGAGGACACAAUGGCAAAGCUCACGUGCGGUAGCGGUUCUUCUUUUGCUAGCGGUCUCGUUUCUAUGUGCAUACGAGUUCUCCGCGGUGUAUUGUAUGCCUGAACCCCCCGAUCCUAAGGAUGCCGCUCUUCAGAAGCCUCGCAAAACAUGUCACCUGGCUCUUCUCUAUUCUGGAUCAAUUGUGGGUUUGGUGGCCUAUUCCAUUUUGUAUGCACUCACAGCUCAAAAAGUUCGUUGGCUUGGAGGAGUGACUUCGGCUGCAGUCAUAAUCCUCGAUGCGAAUGUGGGAGCUUGCCUGUUCGGCUUCCAAUUACUAAAAAGCCGGGUUGUGGCUCUUUUCGUGGCUGGCAUUUAUAGAGUAUUUUUAAUAUGCUUUGGUGUUCACCUCUGGUAUCUUGGUCACUGUGUGAGCUAUGCGGUAGUGGCCUGUGUUCUUCUUGGAGCUGCUGUCUGCCGACAUUUAUCUGUUGUCAGUCCUUCGGCAGCAAGAAGGGCUGCGUUGCAGCCGACUGUUAUACGCUUGAGAGAAGGCUUCAGGAAGAGGGGUGGAAGUUCCUCUAGUUUUUCAGAGGGUAGGGAUUCCAGUGCAAAGCGCAGUAGCAGUGUGGAAGCAACGCAGAUUGGAUUAGCAUUUGAGGCCAUGAAUAGGAGCUCGGUUAAAUGUCAUCAAGAAGGAAAUGGAACCUGGUCUCAUCAGUCAGGUGCAGCAGUUGUAAAUGAAGAUAGCACAGAAAGUUCAGGAACAGGGAAGGCUUUGGAAAUAUCCAGGUCGUUCGCAGGUUUAGCUAGCGCAUUCCAUGGUUCUGUUCAUCAUCCUACAGGUUUACACCCAGAGUUUGGCGACAAGAAGGUGGUCGUCACUGAAUGCCAUAAGACUUUUACGUCUGGACCAACUGGUGUAGAGGGGCCAAGCAUAGAGUCCAGUGCCUCUGGGACACAGGUGUUGGAGCACCAUGGUUUAGACCCAAGCCUCGCGCUAGCCUUUCAAGAAAAGCUGAACGAUCCAAGAUUGGCAUCUAUGCUAAAAGGACGAAAUUUUGAUCUGAAGCGAAAACCAGGUGAACAGGACCUGACUACUUUGCUGGAAGAUAAAGGUCUUGAUCCAAACUUUGCUGUCAUGCUCAAAGAGAAGGGUUUAGAUCCAACAAUUUUAGCUUUGUUGCAACGCAGUAGCCUCGACGCUGAUAGGGACCACAGGGACAAUAGUGAAGUUGCGACUACUGCUCCCAGCCAGUCACAGAAUGCUGUCUCUGAAGAGGCUUGGGCAGAGGAAUUGCGUCGUCAGCGAGUGGAAAGAUGGGUUCAACGAAGCUCGAUGCUAGUACAGCUUUCAGCGGGCACUCCGGAACGUGCAUGGUUACUCUUCAGCGUGUUUUUUGUUUUGGAAACUGUUAUCAUUGGAGUCUUCCGGCCCAACAGUGUAACAGUGAUAAACGCAACGCAUGAGCAGUUCGAGUUUGGAUUUUCUGCUCUACUGCUUCCGCCUGUAUUUUGCUCGCUGCUAGCAUUUCUUCGAUCCCUUCAAGCGGAGGAGAUGAUAUUGACUGCAAGACCAAGAAAAAUUGGUGCUAUUGCAUGGGUUUUGUGUACAUCUGCAGGCUUGCUCCUUGCAUUUCUCAGCAAAUCGUCAAUCUUACUUGGUUUAGCUCUGACGGUACCUUCAAUGACCGCGACCCUGGCAAUUGCCCUUCCAAUAUGGGUCCGUAAUGGAUUCAGGUUCUACAUUCCUGUUGAUGGAGGUGCUCAUUGCAGCCUGAAGUCCAAAGAAGGAAUUAUGAUGACAGUUGCCAUCGCCAUUUGCGUGACUAGUAUUUUUGCUCUUGGGGUAAUUAUUUCGUUCAAGCCUCUGGAUGACUUGGAGUACGCUAGUGCUGUAUGUGACAUCUCAUCCUCUGGGUGCCCAUAUGCAUCGUCGUUCUAUAUUGGCUGGGCUGUAGCUGCAUCGUUUGCUUUAGUCCUUGCUGGUCUGCUCCCGGCCGUGUCUUGGUUCGCAACGUACAGGUUUUCUCUCUCCUCGGCAGUUUGUGUUGGCCUUUUUAUUGUGGUUUUACUUACAUUUUGCGGAGGCUCAUAUUUGGUAGUACUUCAAUCUCGAGAAGGCAACAUCCCCUUGGAAAUAGAUUUCUUAGUAGCUCUAUUACCUCUAAUCUGUAUACCCGCUAUGUUUUCUCUCGGCUGUGGUCUUUACAAAUGGAAGGAUGAAGGAUGGCACCUCUCGAAGGGAGUCUAUAUCUUUGUCGGCAUUGGCCUUAUUUUGUUGCUUGGCGCGAUCUCUGCUGUUAUAGCCACUAUCAAUCCGUGGAUGGUUGGUGUGGCCUUUCUUCUGUUUCUACUUCUUCUUAUCCUGGCGAUUGGUGUUAUACAUCAUUGGGCCUCUCACAAUUUCUACAUGACACGUCUCGAGACGCUCUUGGUUUGUUUAGCAGCUUUUGUAUUGGCCUUGGCAGCGUUUCUUGUGGGACUUCUAGCAGAUGAACCUUUCGUUGGAGCGUCCGUGGGUUACUUUUCGUUUUUGUUUCUGCUUGCUGGACGGGCUCUUACAGUCCUACUAUCUCCACCAGUAGUGGUGUACUCACCUCGAGUGCUACCCGUUUAUGUAUAUGAUGCCCAUGCUGAUUCGGCAAAAAAUGUCAGUGCUGCAUUUUUGGUCCUGUACUGCGUCGCUUUGGCAGCUGCUGGCUGGGGCGUAGUUGCAAGCUUGGAAAUCUAUCCUCCCUUUGCUGGAGCUGCAGUGUCCGCUAUUACGCUUGUAGUAGCGUUUGGUUUUGCCGUUUCAAGACCUUGCAUCACCUUGAAGAUGAUGGAUGACGCUGUUCAGUUUCUAGGCAAGGAUACUAUAGUACAAGCGAUCGCACGAUCUUCCACGAAGACAAGGAAUGCACUGUCUGGAACUUAUUCAGCUCCACAACGGUCUGCUAGUUCCGCUGCCCUUCUGGUUGGCGACCCCACUGUUCCGCGGGAUAAAGCAGGGAAUUUUGUGCUACCAAGGGCUGAUGUUUUGAAGCUUCGAGAGCGUCUGCGCAAUGAAGAGCGUGCCGCUGGUCUUUGGUGGCGCAAGAAAAAACGAAGCUCAAAAUAUCGUCACGAGCCAUCCCCUGAUGUUGGAUUUCGAAGAAAAAUGUGUGCACAUGCCCGGAUACUUACGCUUGAGGAGGCCAUUGAUACUGAAUGGGUCUACAUGUGGGACAAGUUUGGAGGAUACUUGCUUCUAAUACUCGGCCUUGCCGCGAAGGCUGAAAGAGUGCAGGAUGAGGUCCGCCUUCGGCUUUUUCUUGACAGUAUUGGCUUCUCUGAUCUUAGCGCAAAGAAAAUUCACAAGUGGACACCAGAGGAUCGCAAGCAGUUCGAGUUGGUUCAAGAAAGCUACAUGAGAGAAAGAGAAAUGGAGGAGGAGCUUAUUUUUCAGCGGCGUGAGGAGGAAGGCAAAGGAAAAGAGAGAAGAAAAGCUUUGUUGGAGAAAGAAGAGCGGAGACGGCGGGAAAUGGAGGCCUCCGUAAUAUCGUCUGUACCGGAUGUUGGAAGCAAAGAAGCAGCAGCCAUGGCUGCCGCUGUUCGUGCUGUGGGUGGUGGGGACCUUUUGGACGAGUCCGGAACGCAUGUUUCCAGUAUUGCUCGUCGUAUACUCUCGGCUCAAAGGGCCCGCCGCGCACAACAGACCGGGGUGCCGGGGGCAAUUUGCGUGAUAGAUGAUGAACCGCGCACUACCGGACGACACUGUGGCACGAUCGAUGCUGCGGUGUGCGGAUUCAAGUCCAUCACAUGUUCCGCUGCGAUAAUGGUUCAACCACAGUCGGGGCCUGUCUGCAUUCUAGGCACAGAAAGCUGCCAGAAGAUAUGUUUGGAGAUACUUAUAGCUGGUGCCGAGCAGAACUUAGAGUCGGGACAAGUAGGAAUCAGGCUCGUACUGAAAGGUCCUGGCCACACCAUGACAGUCAGGGAGAGAAACAUUGGCAACACUGACAUUGCGGAUGGGAGGUGGCACACUGUUGCAGUCACGGUUGAUGCUACCACUGGAGAAGUUGCAGCAUACUUGGAUGGUAUGCUGGAUGGCACACAAAGUGGUUUGCAAAUACCAGUGGAAGGGGGCAUCUGGCAACGAGAGACAGAGGUGUGGGUUGGCUCUCGGCCUCCCAUGGACUUGGACGCUUUUGGAAGAUCUGAUAGUGAAGGCGUGGAGGCAAGCAUGCACAUAAUGGAUGUUUUUCUUUGGGGGAGGUGCCUGAAAGAGGAGGAGCUCCUCACCGUACAUAAUGCGAACGUAGCCGAUUACAGUGUGGAGGACUUACCCGAUGAUGACUGGCAAUCCGGGGACUCACCUAUUCGAUUGGAUGACUGGGGAAGUGAAGCUGCUGACUUAGAUCUUUAUGAUAGAGAAGAAGGGUACUGGGAAGAACAGGCCGUAGGUCGGAAGAGAAAACCUGACAAGGACUCGGUAGUGAUAGAAAUGGAUUAUUUGACUAGGAAGCUGAGGAGGCCAAGAGCAGAAACGAAUGAGGAAGUCAACCAGCGAAUGCGGUCAGUUGAACUGGCUGUCAAAGAGGCCCUUGCGGCGAGAGGAGAGUUGCAGUUUACGGAUCAGGAAUUUCCUCCCACCAACCAAUCAUUGUUCAUCAACCCCGAGCAACCUUUGCCGAAGUUACAGGUUGUUCAGCAGUGGGUUCGUCCAGCCGAACUAGUUCGGGACAUCGGAACAAAUGCAAGACCCCGUCUCUUUGAAGGCUUCACAAAGCCUGCUGACGUUUGUCAGGGCCGUCUUGGAGACUGCUGGUUUUUGAGUGCCGUCGCUGUUCUGACUGCGGCGUCGCGGAUUUCGGAGGUUAUUAUCACUCCGGAGUACAAUGAGGAGGGCAUAUACACUGUUCGGUUUUGCAUUCAGGGUGAAUGGGUGCCAGUCGUUGUGGACGACUGGAUUCCUUGUGAGUUCAAGGGCAAGCCAGCAUUUGCAACCAGCAGGAAGCGACAUGAGCUCUGGGUGUCUGUGCUGGAAAAGGCAUACGCUAAGCUUCACGGCUCGUAUGAGGCUCUGGAAGGAGGACACGUCCAGGAUGCUCUUGUGGAUUUAACCGGUGGAGCGGGCGAGGAAAUCGAUUUGACGAGUGCACAAGCGCAACUGGAUUUAGCCAGUGGACGACUCUGGUCCCAGCUACUACGUUUCAAGCAGGAAGGCUUCUUGCUUGGAGCUGGCAGUCCUUCCGGUUCGGAUGCUCACGUUUCGGCCAGUGGUAUUGUUCAAGGCCAUGCUUACUCUCUGCUACAGGUGCGGGAGGUGGAUGGGCAUAAGCUCGUUCAAAUAUGCAAUCCGUGGGCGAAUGAAGUCGAGUGGAAUGGACCUUGGUCCGACUCUUCUUUGGAAUGGACAGAUCGAAUGAAGCACAAGCUAAAAUACUCACCACAGGCGCAGGAUGGAGUCUUUUGGAUGUCAUGGCAAGACUUCCAGUUGCAUUUUCGGUCCGUAUAUGUCUGCCGCAUUUAUCCCCCGGAGAUGAGAUACUCGGUGCGAGGACAGUGGCGUGGAGGAACUGCUGGUGGCUGCCAAGACUUCGACUCUUGGCAUUAUAAUCCACAGUUUAGGCUCAAAGCUGUGGGCUCAGACGCACGAAAGCCUGUUCACGUGUUUGUGACACUCACCCAGGGUGUCCACUUCUCAUCUCGCAAACGAGCCGGGUUUGAAUAUCAAUCCAGUGGAGACACCUCAAUGUUCUAUAUUGGCAUGAGGAUCUUGAAAACUCGAGGAAAGCGUGCCAAGUACAACAUCUUCAUGCACGAGUCAGUUGGGGGCACAGAUUACGUCAACUCGAGAGAAAUUUCUUGCGAGAUGGUGCUGGAACCUGAUCCAAGGGGUUACACGAUUGUUCCAACAACGUUCGCUCCACACCAGGAAGCACCGUUCGUACUGUCCGUCUUUACAAAAGCGUCCAUCACAUUGGAACCCCUGUGAUCCACUCACUGCGUGAAUCUGUGCUCCGUGGCGCCAGAGAGGUCGGUGCUGCUGCUUUGCACGAGACACCAUCGAAUGCGGAGAAAGAAGAUACUGGGAGAUGAGAUGACACGAGCCUCUUGAGUGGAAGCUUGUCUGGGUUUUGCUCCAGUUUUUGGCUUCCAUGCAAGUGGAGAAGAGGAAUCUGUACAUAGAUUCGGUUUUUGUAUAAUCUGAGACACUAGCUUUAACCAACCAUGCUCUAGUUUGAAAGUGAAAAAGACCAUGGGCAUAUUGUCUUUUUGAUUCUGAUUUAAAGUAACUCCACAACAUCAAAACA